UGUACCGAAAGAAAGACUCAUAACUGCAUACUCUUUGACUUCCUUCCCUUUCUUUUUCUAUCUAUUUAUUUAUAUAUUCCUGUCACCUGCUUUGUAAGUAAGCUAACGGUCUCUGCAAAUUACGACAUCGAUCCCUCCAAUCACUGAUUUAUUAUCAUAAAGAAGCUCGAUUUAUUUCCCGCCAAACUUAAUCCAACCAUGAAUCGUGAUCCUGGUCGAGGUCGCGGUCGAGGACGAGGACGAGAUCUAGGUCGAGGUCGAGGUCAAUGGCGCAGUCCCGGAGGAGGCGAGCAUUGGGUUCCCAAGGGGAGAUCUUCGGAUCCUUCUUUCCACAGUACCUACUCUGUUGGAGCAGAUGAGUCUUCUUCUGAUGAGAAACCUUUUAGCAACAGAGGAAGAAACUCGCAGCCGAAUUCACUAGGGUGGUUUCCAAGUAAUCCCAACAGUGCGGGUAACAAUUUUUGCCAGAAGGAACCAUUAGAAAAUAAGUUAUUAGAAGAUAGCAUGUCCAGUACGGGAAGGAUCCUGCACGACCCAAGUGCUCCCAGUUGCAGCAGUAUUGGGUCAAAUCAGUCAGAUUGUUCUGUGGCUUCAAAUUCAGUUAACAAGGGCGAUUCUGCAUUGAUGCCAGCUAUUUCAGGUUCUGGGGAUAUGAAGUCUGAUAUUGUUAGCGCUCCCUUGGAAAAGGGAGCGAAGGAUGGUGCAAUGCACCCUGAUUUCUCUCUCAAAUUGAAUAGUACUGUCCCAUUGCAAAAUCAGAAUGAGUCUCACCUGUCAUUUCAAGCUGGUGCUAAUGACCAGCUUUCACAAGAAAAGGAUCCCAAUAUUGUGGUAUCUGCUGGGGAUUCAGGGUAUUCAGAGCAACAGGCAGUGGUUGAGCCUUUUGAUAUUUGCCUGCCCAAGACUGGAACUAUUCUUAAGCUAAAACCUUCUUUGCUUGUGAAGAAUAGAGAAAAGAGGAAUGAUGUCAGGCGAGCUGCAGAUGGGGUGAAUGGACAGAUACUAAGAUCUGGGAUGGUUUUACUAAAGAAUUACUUAUCCCUGCAUGAUCAGAUAAAAAUAAUAAAGCUAUGCCGAGAUAUUGGUCUGGGUCCUGGAGGUUUCUACCAACCAGUUUACCGUGAUGGUGGAAGAAUGCAUUUGAAAAUGAUGUCCCUUGGUAGAAGUUGGGACCCUGAUACAGGUAAGUAUUUAGAACAUCGGCCAGUUGAUGGUGCUAAGGCACCCAUUUUUCCUAGUGACUUCCAUCCGCUGGUUGAGAGAGCAAUCAAAGAUUCCCAUGCUCUUAUAGAAAUAAAUUGUAAAUCUACAGCUGCUGAAGACAUUCUACCAUCAUUGUCACCUAACAUCUGUGUCGUAAACUUUUACUCAGAAAGUGGGCGGCUUGGUCUUCAUCAGGAUAAAGAUGAAAGUCCAGAGAGUCUGCGCACAGGAUUACCUGUGGUUUCCUUUUCCAUAGGAGAUAUAGGAGAAUUCCUAUAUGGUGAUCAGAGGGAUGUUGAGAAGGCAGGAAAGGUUAAGUUGGAAUCCGGGGAUGUACUGAUCUUUGGCGGGAUGUCUCGACAUAUUUUUCAUGGUGUAAGUUCUGUUCAACCAAAGACUGCCCCGGCGGCCCUGCUUGAUGAAACAAAUCUCCGUCCAGGUCGUCUAAAUCUCACUUUCCGUGAGUAUUGAAGACCAUAAAUAUACUAUGAGUUGUUUCUAGUGAUUGUACACAUGACAGUUCUGUUGUGUCCCCCCGCUUAGUUUUGUUGCGAAGCCAUUAAUACUCGUGGAUACAAUCUAAAAAACUACUUUUUUUAAUCUGCUGACUAGGGCAUACGAAAGCAUCCCAUACGUGUGGAGAUUAGUUGGGCUGUUUGUAAGCUCUUAACUACAAUGUUAUUUAAAAUUUAAUACACUAUUGGUUUUUGUUUAGUUUUA